UUUCAUAAAAACCAAAGCGUGUCGCAAUGAGAUUGAUCAUUCGAGAAGAUUAUGAAGAAGUAUCUGAUUUUGUAGCUACUUAUAUCAAAGAGCGUAUCAAGCAAUUUAAUCCUGAUGAAAAUCGUCCCUUCGUCCUUGGCUUACCUACAGGCUCAUCUCCUAUCGGUACAUACAAGCGACUCGUUGAUUUCCACAAGGCAGGUGAACUUAGUUUCAAGCAUGUCGUUACGUUUAAUAUGGAUGAAUACGUUGGUUUGCCUCGUGAUCAUCCUGAAUCAUAUCAUUCGUUUAUGUGGAAGAAUUUGUUUAUGCAUGUGGAUAUUAAUCCCGAGAAUGUCCACAUCCUGGAUGGUAAUGCUCCUGACUUGGAUGAAGAGUGCAAAAAGUUUGAAGCCGAGAUUGCCAAGGUGGGUGGUAUCGAGCUCUUCUUGGGUGGUAUCGGUCCUGAUGGCCACAUUGCCUUUAACGAGCCUGGUUCUUCUCUCACAUCUCGUACUCGUGUAAAGACAUUGGCUUAUGAAACGAUUAUUGCUAAUGCUCGUUUCUUUGAUGGUGAUAUAUCUAAAGUACCUAAACUUGCUCUUACUGUGGGUGUAGCAACUGUUAUGGAUGCUCGUGAAGUGUUGAUCAUUAUCACAGGUGCACACAAGGCUAUUGCAUUAGCCAAAUGUAUUGAGGAAGGAGUCAAUCAUAUGUGGACUGUAUCUGCUAUUCAGAUGCAUCCUAAAGGUCUGAUUGUAUGCGAUGAAGAUGCUACGCUUGAAUUACACGUCAAGACUGUAAAAUACUUCAAGUCUAUUGAACAUGUUCAUCAUUCAUUGAUUGGUCCAGAGAAUCUUUCGUUACAAGGAGGAGUAAAGCAAUUGAAGCAAGUGAUGCCUGGAGUCAAUAACCAUCGUCGUCCUUCUACUCCAAUGGAAUAACACACUUAUAACACACUUAACACACUAUAAUGUACUGGAAUUAGAAAAAAAAUACGCCGGAAUAUAUGCAAGUAACACAAACUUUUACCGGAAAUUAGCCGCACAUUGAGUCUUUUUUUAUAAUUUGUUCGAACCGAGCCUUGGAUUACAAUUAUAUGAACCUUCCCCUUUCUCUCUCUCUCUCUCUCUCUCUCUCU